GGAGAGAAAAGGAGAAAAUCAGAGAGUGCCGUACGUUCUCGCCAUUAUCUGUUCGAUACCAAUCCCGUUAAAUUCAAUCCAUUUUCGAGUCGAUUCGUGCGGAUUCCGCCAGAUUGGGACCCGGAAGGCACCGGCGAUCUUCCGGUCGUCGCGGCGUCCGAUUUGGUGCGGGUUUCUGCUAGAUAGCCCGCGUCCUGACGCCGCUUCUGUUUCAGGAUAAGAUGGCGCCGCCGCGGGGCGACUACGACGAGCAAGAUCGCCGAGCGGGGAAAGGCACCGAGGUGUUCGUCGGCGGGCUGCCGCGGUCGGCGACGGAAAGCACGCUCCGGGAGGUAUUUUCUCCUUGUGGAGAGAUCGUUGAUGUCCGUAUAAUGAAAGAUCAGAAUGGCCUUCCAAAGGUCUAGUACAACUGGAUAUGGUUUUGUGCGGUUUGCAAAGAGGGAAUAUGCUAAUACAGCUAAAAGGCAAAAGAAUGGUAUCGAGCUUCAAGGAAAGAGGCUUGCUGUUGAUCUUUCAAUGGAUCAAGAUACACUUUUCUUUGGAAACCUUUGCAAAGAGUGGACUUCAGAAGAAUUUGAAGAAUUGAUUCACAAGACAUUCAAAGAUGUAGUUUCGGUUGACCUUGCAAUGGCUUCAAAUCAUGGUUCGUCAAGCAAAAGGCAUGUAAAUCGAGGUUUUGCAUUUGUGCGGUUUUCUUCUCACUCAGCAGCGGCACGUGUAAUCCGUAUCGGUUCCAGAACAGAUUUUAUGCUUGGCGAUAUUUUGCAUCCAGCGAUAAAUUGGGCUGAUAAGGAGUCUAAUGUUGAUGCUGACGAAAUGGCCAAGGUUAAGACUGCUUUUGUUGGGAAUCUGCCAGCAAAUGUUAAUGAGGAAUACUUGAGAAAACUUUUUGAACAGUUUGGGAAGGUAAUACGGGUUGCUAUCUCAAGAAAAGGACAAUGCCCAGUUGGAUUUGUUCACUUUGCCAGUCGCUUGGAGCUGGACAAUGCUAUAAAAGAAAUGGAUGGUGAAACAGUGAGAGGACCUGAUCGAGGACCGGCUUUCAAGAUCCAGGUGUCAGUUGCUCGACCUGCAGUAGACAAUGAGAAGAAGCGAUCUCAUGAAGAAGUGAAAACUAGAAGAUCAAAUGUAUCAGGAGACAGGCCAGAUUAUUCUUAUGGAAGACAUGGACAUGAUUCAUUUGAUCGUCAAGUGAAAGCUCCAAGAUUAUCUAAAUAUGUGGAUGAUGCCUCUGACCCCUAUGAAUCAGCUAUUGCUUCACUACCUUCAGCUGCCAAGGAAGUCUUGCUUCGAAUUCUACGUCUGGGAAUUGGUACCCAAUAUGACAUUGACAUCCAUUGUGUAAAAAAUCUCAAUGAGCUUCCUGAGUCAUCUGCUGUGGCUGUCCUUAAUCAGUUUUUGAUAUCUGGUAGAGAUAAACGCAAUAAAGGAGAUUAUUUUGCUUCCUUGAUUGCUAAGCACCAGGCUGAGGCCUAUGGCUUAGCACACACAUUACAUGGUACUACUUAUUUGCCGAGAAAUCCUGAAAUGCAUGGCAAACGAUACCCACAUGAAGAUUACGAUUACAUGGCACCCGGGAGCAGUAGAUACAACUCAGGCCAUCUUCCUUCAUCAUAUUACAUAGAUGAUCCACCAGUGUCUCAGUCAAGGAUUAGAAGAUAUGGCGAAGAAAGAUCCACCAUUGUGAGAAACUCGGAACCACGACACGAUGAAGUAGACAUCAGAAGAUACCCUGAACCAAGAUUAGCCCAUGAAUCAAGGCAUAACACUGGAAAGCAUCUUGAUCGAAGAUACAUACAAGAACAGAGUUUAAGUAUUGAAAGAUCAGCUGAAGAAUCUGUUCUGUCUAGGGAAAGGAGAUUCCUGCCUGCUGCAGGGUACGGCACGGACUUAGUCUCGGAUUACCGGUCCAGGUCGCCUGCUGAAUAUUCAGCAGAACGCCAACAAGUAAGGUUUGAUCCCUUCACAGGGGAGCCCUACAAGUUUGAUCCCUUCACUGGGGAGCCCAUCAGGCCAGAACCAAAUCAGCGGCACUCAGGAAGCCUGUACUGAUUUGAGUGGUUGAAGCAGCACUGAACAUGCCAGAUAAGACCAUGCUCCUGAAACAAAGCUAGAUCUGGAUAUGCACUUCUUAUCUGCUAAGUGCUUCUGUGUGCUGUUGCUUCUGGCCUACAGAUAGUGGGUCCCGAGCUCGAAUUCGUGUUCCAAUAGCAUGCUUUAUUUAUGUUUGAUGAGCCAUCUUGGCAGUUAAAUGUCCGGGGAAUUUUUGUGCCAGUGUCGCUAAAUAUUAUGUUUGAUAGAACAUCCAAGAAUUUUUUUUUGAUAGAUUAAUUAAAACUCAGCAACAUGAACUGGGAAAACUAUGCUUUUGUUGGUA